GCGCCGGCGGCAGGAAAUGUAGCCGUAGAUAAUGUGGCUGUUGACCAACCAGCUAACGUCCAAGUAGGUAAUGCAGUUGUAGGAGAAAAUCCUGAAAUUCAGGAGGAGCAUGCAGAUGAAGAGGAAGAGGACAAUGAAGAUGAUGAUGCAGCGAUUGAAGAUGCAGCUGAUGCAAACAAUGGAGCUCAAGAUGAUAUGAAUUGGAAUGCUUUGGAAUGGGAUAGAGCAGCAGAAGAGCUCACUUGGGAGAGG